AUGGAAGGGAAGUCUUGUCUCUCUAACUUGUUGGAAUCACUACAAUAUAUUAUCACGUUUUUGGAUAGUGAAGAUCCUGUUGAUCUUAUAUAUUUGGAUUUUCAAAAAGCUUUUGAUAAGGUUGCACACGAAAGAUUGUUGUUAAAGUUAGAAAGUUACGGAAUUACUGGGCAGGUUCAUGACAUUAUAAGGAACUUCCUGACAGGUAGAUCAAUGGCAGUACGUGUGGGAGAUCAUAUUUCAUCAUGGGAGCCUGUUACUUCUGGAGUCCCCCAAGGGUCUGUUUUAGGACCCUUGUUAUUUAUAUUAUUUAUUAAUGAUAUGCCACAAGUUACUAAAUUUAAUACUGUGCUUUUCGCUGAUGAUUCCAAAGUUAUUGGUAAUGCAUAUUAUCCGGAAGAUAUUCAAACAGACAUCGACUGUCUCAGUAGGUGGUCAGAAAUAUGGCAGAUGAAAUUUAAUGUGGAAAAGUGUGGUGUACUUCACAUCGGAGAGAGCAAUCCGCAACAUGGCUAUACAUUGGAUGGUAUUCAACUAAAAAGUGUACAGAAAGAAAAGGAUUUGGGGGUAACCUGGUCUGCCGGGAAGUCCUUAUUUGAUGAUCAUAUUCGAGAAGGAAUCGGAAAGGCCAAGAGGAUGAAGUGA